AUGUCGGAGAACGGAAGAAGUGAAUUGACAUUCCAGACUGUCGAUUUUGUCGUUUGGUCUUUCAUUCUCGCCGCGUCUGUCGGCAUCGGAAUCUACUAUGCCUGCAGUGGCGGCCGACAACAGAGCACCGAGGAGUUCCUGGUCGGGAAUCGUCAAAUGAAUCCAAUCCCGGUGGCGAUGUCGCUCGCCGUGAGUUUCAUCUCAGCGGUGAUGUUCUUGGGUAUGACGUCGGAGUCAUACUCGAACGGAGUCAUGAUCUGGCUUCAAACCGUUGCCAUCACCAUCGCCAGCAUCAUCAUCAGCGUUUCCUUCCUGCCCAUCUUUCAUCGACUGAAUCUUACGAGUGCGAAUGAGUAUUUAGAGCGUCGCUUUAACAGAGCAUGCCGUCUUCUAGGCUCAACUAUUCUCAUUCUCAAUAUGUUCGUGUACAUGGGAGUUGUACUUUAUGCCCCAUCCCUGGCGCUGAAUCAAGAAACCUCUCCUCCCGUGUCUCCGCGGCCUCAUCACAAUCCAGAUCUCAAAUCCUUCUUCCUCGUCGUCCUCCUCGUCCCAAUCCUCACCAUCGCUUUCGAACAGAAGACCGAGUUCCUCGAAUUGCUCCCGAUCGUCUUCGUCCAAUAUAAUUUCGUCAUCACCAUCUUCCUCCUCCUCCUCCACCGCUUCCUCCUCACCUUCCUCCUCAUCGCCAUUAUCAUCUUCCUCACCAAGAUGCAGCAGCAUAUAUGUCGAAACCCCUUUGCUAGGCAAUUCCUUGUCCCUCUCACGCUCCUGCGUAGUCUUCCACGUCUUGAUCUAGGCGGAUUAAAAGCUGUCAUCUGGACGGACGUCUUUCAAAUGUGUAUCAUGGUUAGUGGUCUUCUAGCCGUCAUCAUCAAGGGAUCCAUCGACCUCGGUGGUUUCUCCAACGUUCUCCGUAUCGUUGGCGAAGGAAACAGACUAAACCUUUUCGAGUUAGUGUUGAUGAGCACUGAUGUGACAGUACGUCAUACUUUCUGGGGACUCACCAUCGGAGCAUCGUUCAUGUUCCUCUCCAUCUUUGGAAUCAAUCAAGCUCAGGUUCAACGUUAUCUCUCCUGUAGUACAGUCAAGACUGCACGCAUAGCGCUAGCCCUGGGCACCGCCAUAAUGCUCUUCAUAGUGAGCUGUGCCGUGACUGCUGGCCUGGUGAUGUACGCCUAUUACGCUGAUUGUGAUCCGAUUUCUAGCGGUGCUGUGGCGAAAAAAGACCAGAUGAUGCCAUAUUUUACUUUGGAUUUAUUUCACCGGUAUCCUGGGUUGCCUGGGCUUUUUCUUUCUGCUGUCUUCAGUGCAUCAUUAAGUACAAUCUCAUCGGGUUUGAACGCCGUGGCAGCUGUAACAACUGAAGACGUCAUUAAACCUUGUUGGCCGGGACUGAGUGAUAAAAGAUACACUCAAUUAUCCAAGUUAAUGGGUGGGGUUCUUUGUAGUACGGUGCUGAGCUUCUUCAGUAUGUUUGGAGGUCCAACGCUAGGACUCUUCAGUGCUGGAAUGUUCUUUCCAUGGACAAACUCUAAGGGUGCCUUUUGUGGGACUUUGAUUGGGUUAUUCUUCUCCUUCUGGGUUGGUAUAGGGGCACAGGUAUACCCUCCCAGUUACCCCGCCCCUUCUUUCUCUACCUCUGGGUGUACCCUCUAUAACGACACGUCGAACCUCUACAAUUCUACCGGCUAUGGCCCUCACUCGCCCGAUGACGGCGUAUCGACUGUCACAGAGCUGGCAACAGGUGGCGCUACUACACUCGAUAUACUCAUGACAUCAGAGCCAAUGGUUGACGAGAGGUAUAAGUUUGUUAUUCAAAUGAAUUGA